AUGCUUGGAUUGUUGGUGGGAUGGGACAAUAACACAACUACACAAGCCACAAGUUCGGGUUUGCCAAUCAGGACUCCAAAUCCCGAAGAUUGGACAAGACUGGUGAGAUUAAGAUCAUUUGCAAAACCUUCCUCUCAACAUCGAGGCGGAGUUGCGGCGUUAUUUUCAACUGCUAUGCUGUUCGAUGAUACUCAAAUACAGUUCAAAGAAAGUGUUGCACAAUUUGCCCAAGAACAUAUUGCUCCUCAUGCGUCAAAAAUAGACAAAACAAAUAAUUUCCCACAGGAAGUUAACUUAUGGAAACUAAUGGGGGACUUCAAUCUUCAUGGAAUUACUGCUCCAGUUGAAUAUGGAGGAUUAGGUUUAGGUUAUUUAUAUCACUGCAUUGCUUUGGAGGAGAUUAGUCGUGCAUCAGGAUCAGUUGGAUUAUCCUUUGGUGCCCAUUCUAAUCUUUGUAUUAAUCAAUUGGUGAGAAACGGAAAUGCUGCACAAAAGGAGAAAUAUUUACCCAAGUUAAUUAGUGGGGAUCAUGUUGGAGCUCUUGCAAUGAGUGAACCUAAUGCUGGUUCAGAUGUUGUUGGAAUGAAAUGUAAAGCUGAACGUGUUGAUGGUGGUUAUGUUUUAAAUGGGAACAAGAUGUGGUGCACCAAUGGUCCAACUGCUCAAACUCUGGUGGUUUAUGCUAAAACAGAUGUAGCUGCUCGUUCAAAAGGGAUAACAGCAUUUAUUAUUGAGAAAGGAAUGCCUGGGUUUAGUACUGCUCAAAAGUUGGACAAACUUGGAAUGCGAGGAAGUGAUACAUGCGAGCUUGUUUUUGAUAACUGCUUUGUUCCUAACGAAAAUGUUCUUGGUGAAGAGGGAAAAGGAGUUUAUGUGUUGAUGUCGGGGUUAGAUUUAGAGAGACUUGUACUCUCGGGUGGACCAAUUGGGAUCAUGCAAGCAUGUCUUGAUGUUGUUCUUCCGUAUGUUCGCCAAAGAGAACAAUUUGGACGCCCAAUUGGAGAGUUUCAAUUAAUGGAGGGGAAAAUUGCAGAUAUGUAUACUUCUCUCCAGUCUUCAAGAUCGUAUACGUAUUCUGUUGCUAGACAAUGUGACAAUGGAAUACUUGUUCCAAAGGAUUGUGCGGGUGUUAUACUGCUUGCUGCUGAACGAGCUACACAGGUUGCACUUCAGGCGAUUCAGUGUUUGGGUGGGAAUGGGUAUGUGAAUGAGUAUCCGACUGGUCGACUUCUACGGGAUGCUAAAUUAUAUGAGAUUGGUGCGGGAACGAGUGAGAUUAGAAGAAUUAUUGUUGGACCACCACGACCUGCCUCCACCACCCCACCCAUCACCCACCAAAAGCACCACCACUACUCACCACCACCCACCAACAUUACCAACACCCGCCACUACCACCAACCACCACCCACCAACACACCUCCCGCCUCCACAACCCAUCACCACCACCCACCAAAACCACCACCAUCCACCAACCACCACCACCAUCCACCAACCACCACCACCACCCACCACCCACCACCUUCACCACCUACCACCACUACCUGCCACCUUCACCACCCACCACCACUACCACCACCAUCACCCCCACCACCAUUACCACCACCACCACCCACACCACGACUAACCCACUACCACUAUCCGACACCUACACCUUCACCACCACCACCCAUCACCACCACCCGUCAUCACAAUCACCACCACCCACCACCCGCCACUACCAACCACCACCCACCCACUUCAUCACCACCUACCACCAUCACUACCCACCACCACCCACAACCACCGCAAACAAACUAUCACCCACGACCCCCAUCACCUACCACCCAUCACCACCCUGCCCUAACUCCACCACCACCACCACCCACCAUGCAUCUCCACCGCACGACCACCACCCAUCACCACUACCCACUUCUACCACUCAUCACCACCACCCACCACCAACACCCCACCUAUCACCUACCAAAACCACAAUCACCACCAACCACCACCACCCACAACCACCAACCACCAUCACUGAUCACUCAUACCUACAAAUCCAUGUAUAUCAUAUGUGAUUAA